AUGAGAUCAAUUUGUCGGCUCACAUUUCUGUUUUUGAACAUCUGCCGUGAACUCCUUUCUCGCUACGAAAAUGAAAAAGAAACGUUUCUUGAUCGUAUAAUUGCAAUAGAUGAGACUUGGAUCCGUGAUUUUGAGCCGGAAUUAAAAUCUCAAAGCAAUAUUUGGAAGGGAAUAACAUCACCAAGAGCAAAAAAAGUUCGUCGCCAGCAAACAAAGAUUUUUGCUUACGAUAAACUUGGGAUAAUUGUCACUGAUCGAGUUCCAAUUGGCAGUAGUGUAACCGGGGAUUACUACAAAACAUUCCUUGCCAAAAAAUUGCGACCAGAAAUCCGUAAAAAGCGACCAGGAAUGUUACAAAAUGGUGUGUCCAUAUUGCACGAUAAUGCGCGGCCGCAUAUCGGAGCACCAGUCGUCGCUCUUUUGGAGAAAUAUGGAUGGGAACGCCUCAAACACUCACCGUAUUCGCCGGAUUUAAGUCCCCCGGACUUUGAUUUAUUUCCAAAACUGAAGGAACAACUUAGAGGGAUCCGUUUUCCCAACUUAGGUAUACUAAAUGAAGAAGUGAGCCGAAGGAUACGUGAACUCAACAAAGAUGGCGUCCUAUGCGGCAUUCAAGCGAUCUCGAAACGAUGGCAAUUGUGUAUAAACAAGCAGGGAGAUUAUAUCGAAGGUCUAUAA